AUAGAAGAGAAAGAAAACAACUCAUCAAAUAAUUAAAAAAAUAAAAAUAAAAAAAGAGAAAAUAGAGGCAUUGCAGAGUGAGAGAAAGAGUGUGCGUGUGUGCGCAUCUCCAUAGAAGAUAGAAGAUAGAGCAGUGAGAAGUAGUGAAAGAGAAGAAAAGUGACACCGAUAGUGUUGUUGUUGCUUAGUGGUUUCUGCUCCGCUACUCUUCAAACUUCUUCUUCUUCUUCUUAUUCUUCGUUUUCUCCCAACAACCACCACUUCCUCUCUCUCUUGCUGUUAAAUCCACCUUCCUUCUCUUGUUUGCUGCUGCAUCCUUUUCUUUCAUUCUACUCCUAACUAACUGUUCACUCUCACGCUCUUUUCUGCGCUUCUCGCUUCCCAUGGAACCAUCGGAGAAUUGCUCUGUCAAAGUCGCUCUUCACAUUCGUCCUCUCAUUGCCGAUGAACGACAACAAGGUUGCGUUGAAUGCGUUUCCGUCACGCAUGGGAAGCCUCAGGUUCAAAUUGGGUCACAUUCCUUUACAUUUGAUUAUGUUUAUGGAAAUGGUGGAUCUCCUUCUGUUGACAUGUUUAAGGAAUGCGUUGCUCCAUUGGUUGAUGGUUUAUUCCAAGGUUACAAUGCUACAGUACUUGCUUAUGGUCAGACAGGAUCCGGGAAAACGUAUACCAUGGGAACUGGCUACAAUGACAAUUGUCGGACUGGAUUAAUUCCUCAGGUUAUGAAUGCCUUGUUCAACAAGAUUGAAACACUAAAGAAUCAAACAGAAUUUCAGUUGCGUGUCUCCUUCAUUGAGAUUUUGAAGGAAGAGGUGAGGGACUUGUUGGAUGCAGUAUCUAUGGGCAAAUCAGAAACCUCUAACUCUAACGGCCAUUCUGGAAAAGUAACUAUUCCUGGGAAGUCACCAAUAACAAUUCGUGAAACAUCAAAUGGAGUAAUCACACUGGCAGGAACAACUGAAGUUGCUGUAAGUACAUUACAGGAGAUGUCUGGUUACUUGGAGCAGGGUUCUUUAAACAGGGCAACAGGAAGUACAAAUAUGAACAACCAAUCCAGUCGGUCACAUGCCAUUUUCACAAUUACAUUAGAACAGAUGCACAAACUCCAUUCUGUUUCUCCAACCAAUGAAUCUUCAGACGAGGAUAUGGGUGAAGAAUACCUUUCAGCAAAGCUCCAUUUGGUAGAUCUAGCUGGAUCCGAACGAGCUAAAAGAACAGGUUCUGAUGGUCUGCGUUUGAAAGAAGGCAUUCACAUCAAUAAAGGUCUUCUUGCUCUUGGUAAUGUCAUAAGUGCGCUGGGGGAUGAGAAAAAGCGAAAGGAGGGUGUGCAUGUUCCUUAUCGGGAUAGCAAACUCACUCGACUCUUACAGGAUUCACUUGGUGGAAACAGCAAAACUGUGAUGAUAGCUUGCAUAAGUCCUGCUGAUGUCAAUGCUGAGGAAUCUCUCAAUACUCUCAAGUAUGCAAAUCGUGCUCGCAAUAUUCAAAAUAAGCCUGUUGUUAAUCGAGAUCUAAUAUCCAAUGAGAUGCAGCAAAUGCGCCAGCAGUUGAAGUACUUGCAGGCUGAACUUUGUUCUCGUGGAGGAGCCCCUGCUGAUGAAAUGCGGGUUCUUAAGGAAAGAAUUGCUUGGCUUGAGGCAACUAACGAGGAUCUCUACAGAGAACUUCAUGAAUAUCGCAGUAGAUGUGCUUUUGUAGAGAGAUGUGAAGUUGAUGAAUCAGACGGACCCAUUUAUCUCAUGAAAACUGAUGGGCUUGAGAGGUGCAUUCAGAGCUUAGAUUCAUCUGAUCAUCCCAUGGUUGGAAGUAUAUCAGGUGAGGAUUCUAGAGAAACUGAUGAAGCAGCAAAAGAGUUGGAGCAUGUACUAUUACAAAAUACCUUGGAUAAAGAGAUGAAUGAGUUGAAUAAGCGCUUGGAGCAGAAAGAGUCUGAGAUGAAGCUCAUUGGAGUUGAUGCUGAAGCACUCAAACAGCACUUCGGGAAGAAAAUUAUGGAACUUGAGGAGGAGAAAAGAAAAGUGCAGGAAGAGAGGGACCGUUUAUUGCACGAGGUAGAGAGUCUUGCUACUAAUUCAGAUGGACUAGCACACAAAACUCAUGAUGUUCGUGGCCAAAAGUUGAAAGCAUUGGAAGCACAGAUUUUAGACCUCAAGAAAAAACAAGAAAGCCACGUGCAGCUAUUAAAGCAAAAGGAGAAGAGUGAAGAAGCUGCAAAAAGACUGCAGGCUGAGAUACAGUAUAUCAAGGCUCAGAAGGUUCAGUUGCAGCAUAAAAUGAAGCAAGAGGCAGAACAAUUUCGACAAUGGAAGGCUUCUCGUGAGAAGGAGCUACUCCAGUUGAAAAAGGAGGGAAGAAAGAAUGAGUACCAAAGACAUAAGCUUGAGGCUCUAAACCAGCGGCAAAAAAUGGUUCUUCAAAGGAAGACAGAGGAAGCAACAAUGGCUACAAAAAGGCUAAAGGAAUUGUUGGAAGCCCGCAAAUCUUCUCCCCGUGAUAACUCUGUUUAUUCAAAUGGACAUCUACAGCCCGGGCUGGUUAAUGAAAAAUCCCUCCAAAGGUGGCUUGAUCAGGAAUUGGAGGUCAUGGUACAUGUGCAUGAAGUUCGUGCUGAAUAUGACAAACAAAAUCAAGUCCUAGCUGCCCUGGAAGAAGAGUUGGCUUUACUAAAACAGGAUCAGUUUUCAGAUGGGCAGAGUAUUCACACGGGAAAAAGCAGAUAUUUGAGGCUGUUAUCCAUGUCACCAGAUGCAAAAGUUGAGAGAAUAGCUUCUCUUGAGAACAUGCUGUGCAUGUCUUCAGUUGCUAUGAAAGCCAUGGCAUCACAACUUACUGAGGCAGAAGAAAGGGAACGAUCAUUGAAUAACCGUGGUCGUUGGAACCAGCUACGCUCAAUGGGAGAUGCAAAGAAUGUGCUUCAGUAUUUGUUCAAUGCUACUGCAGAUGCAAGGUGCCAAUUAUGGGAAAAGAAUAUGGAACUUAAGGAUUUGAAAGAGCAACUAAAUGAGCUUGUAGCACUACUACAACAAAGUGAAGCACAGAUUAAAGAACAUGUAAAGGAGCAAAAAAUAAGAGAACAAGCCAUUGUCACCUCAUUGAAUACACCAUCAUUGGAAAACUCACGGUCCUUGAAACACCUUGCGGAUGAAAUGAGUGGUCCAUUGUCUCCAAUGUCACUUCCUGCUCCGAAGCAACUCAAAUUCACCCCUGGAGUUGUUAAUUGGUCAACCAAGGAGUCAGCUACAUUUUUAGAUGAAGCACGAAAGAUGGUACCCAUUGGAGAGUUGUCAACAAAGAGGCUAGCAGCUAUAGGACAAGCCGGAAAACUUUGGAAGUGGAGGAGAAGUCAUCAUCAAUGGCUGCUACAGUUUAAAUGGAAGUGGCAGAAGCCCUGGAAACUCUCAGAAUGGAUCAAACACAGUGAUGAGACAAUUAUGAGGUCAAGGCCUCGAGCACAAGCUUUGAUUAAUGCGAUGUGAUGUGAUGUCGAGCUCAUAGUAAGGGGCAUUAUGAUUCUGAAUACCGACCGUGAUGUGUUUCAACACGGCUUGAAAGAACGACAGUUGAUUGCAGUGUGCAUGCAGGCAUGAUGUAAAUUGGAUGAUUUUUUUGGGAUUUCAGAUGCAGUAUGGUUGUCGGAGAAAGUUGUCAUGAUUCUGUGUAGCUUGUAACAACACAUGGUAGGCGUAGCCCAACAGAACAAUAUUAGAGGAAGGAAUUAGUUUUAUAGUAUAUAGAUUGAUCGGGGUAACGUUUCACGCCUGCAUAGAUUAGAAUAUGUAGUUCGUGAAGUCAUGUUAAUUCUGUAGUGUUUUUUUACAAAAUUUGUGAAUUAUGAUCAGUACAGUGUGAUAGUCUACUUUUUGUACAGAUGUAAUAUUUCCCGAAUUUGUUUGUUAUACGUGGUCAGCUAAUUGUCCUUAUAGUUGAUACAUUUUUAAUUCAUUGUGAUUGA